UAGGUCACAUCCUGUGUCCUACGUGUGUUUCGAGUUUAACCAUGUUUUACAGAAGAGCUGUCGUGGGUGGAGAUUUAUGACCCCAGUCUGGGGUCAGGCCCUGCUCUCCUGAAGCCUGAGAACUGCCCAAGGGACCUCCAUCUCCGAGCAGGAAGCCAGGCUGAUGGUCUUCAUGCGUGGGCAGCGUGACAUCAGGAUUUUCCCAACCUCUAUACUGGUCUGUCUUCUCCUGUGGACAGCAAGCUUCUCAAGGACAAGCGCCAAGCUCAUUGACCUUCCUGCCCUGAGCCAAGCACAGCAAAUGUUCGUGGAGUGGAUGGGCAGACAACAGGCUGCGUGAGAGCUGGAGCAGGUCUGCUUACCGCCAUCACAUCCGAGUGGAGACCAGCGGCUGCAACGCUACAGAUGCUCCGCAGACGUCGCCGAGCACGUGAACCACGGCUCUGAGCCAGCCUGCGGCCAGGACCUUGAGGCUCGCCCAGCAGCCACCCCACGUCUCUCCCAGGAGGGAGGCCUUGCAACCCCAGACCCCAGAGAUGCUGCGGCAGUGGUCAGUGCAGGGGGGCCAGGCCCCCCAGGAUCCAGAACCCAAGCCGGCAGGCGAGGACCUAUGGGAGCAGGAGAUGGAGCGGCUGUGCUCCUCCCAGGAGCCCCUGCGGAUGCUGCCCUACGCCAUGGUGGACAAGCGCCUCAUCCGGCAGCUGCGGGAGCCCCAGGGGGUGAAGAGCUCGUGGUGGCAGCAGUGGCUUCGCAGGCGGCAGAUCGCAGGACAGCGCCUGGGGGAGGCCGCGCGGCAGCUGGCCCAGGGCUGCGGGCUCUGGGAGGGGGCUCUCUACGAGAUCGGGGGCCUCUUCGGCACCGGAAUCCAGUCUUACUUCACCUUCCUCCGCUUCCUGCUGCUUCUUAAUCUGCUGACCCUGCUUCUGAACUCCAGCUUCAUCCUGCUGCCCCUGGUCUGGCGCCACCCCCCCGACCCGGGACCUGCUCUGAACUUCACCCUCCAGUGUCCCAGUGGCAGCCAAGCCCAGACGGGUGUUCCCAAGUUCAACAAUCUCCUUUGGAACGUUUUAACUGGCCGGGCCUUCAACAACACCUACCUCUUUUACGGAGCGUAUCGGGCGCCGCCCGAGAGCAGCUCUGCGUACAACAUCCGCCUGGCCUACCUCCUAAGCCCGCUGGCCUGCCUGCUCCUCUGCUUCUGUGGGAUUCUCCGGCGGAUGGUGAAGGGGCUGCCACAGAAGCUGUUCCUGGGCCAGGACUACAGAUCGCCCCUCAGUGCCAAGGUCUUCUCCUCCUGGGACUUUUGCAUCCAGGGCCAGGGGGCAGCCACCAUCAAGAAGCAUGAGAUUAGCAACGAGUUCAAGGUGGAGCUGGAGGAGGGGCGACACUUGCUGCUGGUGCAGCAGCAGACCCGGGCCCAGAGGGUCUGCCACCUGCUCACCUACGUGCGGAUCAAUGUCCUCAUCGGGCUCCUGGUGGUGGGGGCCAUCAGCGCCAUCUUCUGGGCCACCAAGUACUCGCAGGACAACAAGGAGGAGUCCCUGUUUCUGCUGCUCCAGUACCUGCCUCCUGGGGUCAUCGCCCUGGUCAACUUUCUCGGCCCCUUGCUGUUUGUUUUCCUGGUCCAGCUGGAGAACUACCCUCCCAACACUGAGGUCAACCUCACCCUCAUCUGGUGCGUGGUGCUGAAGCUGGCCAGCCUGGGAAUGUUCUCCUUCUCGCUGGGCCAGACUGUCUUGUGCCUCGGCAGAAACCAGACCAGCUGCGAGUCCUACGGCUACAACGCCUGUGACUACCAGUGCUGGGAGAACUCGGUGGGGGAGGAGCUGUUCAAGCUCAGCAUCUUCAACUUCCUCCUCACGGUGGCCUUCGCCUUCCUUGUGACCCUGCCUAGGAGGCUGCUGGUGGAGCGGCUCUCGGGCAGGUUCUGGGUCUGGCUGGACCGGGAGGAGUUCCUGGUGCCCAAGAAUGUGCUGGACAUUGUGGAGGGGCAGACGGUCACCUGGAUGGGCCUCUUCUACUGCCCGCUGCUGCCCCUGCUCAACAGCGUCUUCAUCUUCCUCACUUUCUACAUCAAGAAGUACACCCUGCUGAGGAACUCCAGGGCCUCCGUUCGGCGAUUCCGAGCCUCCAGCUCCCUCUUCUUCUUCCAGCUGGUGCUCGUCCUGGGCCUGCUCCUGGCCACCGUGCCCUUGGGCUAUGUGGUCAGCAGCAUCCACUCCUCCUGGAACUGUGGCCUCUUCACCAACUACUCGGCCCCCUGGCAGGUGGUGCCAGAGCUGGUGACCCUCUGGCUCCCGCCCCUCGGCCAGCACAUCCUCCACUACCUGGGCUCCCACGCCUUCAGCCUCCCUCUCCUCAUCCUGCUCAGCCUUGGUCUGACGGUGUGCGUCUCCCAGACCCAAGCCAAUGCAAGAGCCAUCCGGGGGCUCCGGAAGCAGCUGGUGUGGCAAGUCCAGGAGAAGUGGCACCUGGUGGAUGACCUGUCGCGGCUGCUGCCUGAGCCCGGCCUUGGCGACUCUCUGGGGCCUGAGUCCCCUCUCUCCCGAGGUUCGCGCUUGAGAUUCUUCUGCCCCGGAUCCCCCUGCCCGGGCUCCCCAGGACCGGGGUCCCCCAGGCCGGGACCCUCCCUUUGAUUCCGCUUCCCCAGUGGUUCCGAGCUGUAGCACCGGCCCCCACCUCUUCCCAGAGCCUCCCCAGGGCCCCCGUUGCAGCUCCCUGGUGACCACCGCCUCUCUCGGUGGGCCUUCCAGGUGGGAUGGUACAUUCCAGAUGGGAAUUUGUAUUGAUAUUUUUAUCUCAGUCCUUGAGAAUUUCUAUUUUUGCCGAAUGUUUUAUAAUGUUGAGAACAUUACACGGUCCAGUCAGUCGUCAGUGAAGGCAGUUUGUAAAUAAUACACAUCCCCUGGGAGUGCUCAGAACUUGCUACCGGGCGGGAGGGGGACCUGCCCCAAGUGAGAGCAGACCUGCGGGGACCUGCUGUGUUCUGCCUGCUCACACCCCACCCAACCUCCUGAUCCCCCCCACGCGUGCGACCAUUGAGGGCCACAGACGUUAGGAGUCAGCAGGGCAGAGCUGAGAUUUGACCUGUGCUGUGAGCCACACUGUGUGGGCCCUGAGAGGAGGGAGCUGGCUGUCCAGGAUCCCCAAGCCUCGGGCGCCAGGGCUGCAGGGGCUCUCCACCCGGAGCUCUAGGUCCCAGAGAAUGCCUGCCAAGAGGGCCCUGUGCCAGCGGUUCCGAUGUGGUUGAUCCAGGCACAGCCAGUAGCCCGGCGUCGGGACUUUCUGAAACUUCCAGGCAGCCAGGCUCGAGAACUGCGGCCUCCUUCCUGGGAGCGAAGUUCGGGAGACGCCCCAGGACGGGUUUGAGAGCCUCUGCUUCCAGUGCCUGGCUGGACUCCCCGCCUCGACCCGGCAUCCGGGUGGCUCUGGCCUGGUGCCCUCAGCCCAGGGGCUUUGCGAUGUCAUAGAGGCUUGGCUGGUUCGGCUCCUCCUGUCACUGUCCUUCUCUCUCAGCCAGCAUCACAUGACCCAUCGUCUGUCAACAAGCGCAGGCCCUGUUGCAGGGCUGGUGAUGAGACUGCGAGGGAGACACAGGGAGCUGUGUGCUCAGUCCGGGGAGGUGACCAGCCUGGCCCCAAAGAAAGUGACGCAUGUUAAUUAGCAGCUGAGGGCUAAAGUGUGGGCAGCGACAUCACCCUGGAACUUGUCAGAAAUGCCAAUUCUUAGGCCCUGCCCCACCUCCUCAAAGGGUGGGGCCUAGCGGAGGGGUUUCCCGAGCCCCUGGGGACGAUGCUGAUGGGCGCUAAGUGGCGCCACCUGCAGCCUCAAAGCGUCGUGUCCUCCUCACCUUCACGUGCGGUCAGAGAACCGGCCAAGCGCAGCCCAGGGCCGGUAGGAGACGGAGGGGAAGAGAGCUAGACCCUGGGGAGCCCAGGCUUUGGGCCUCAGCUGGCUCGGCCAGAACCUGGGGACAGCGCCACCCUCUGCGAGCAGUUGCGAGGACGUAAUGAGCCAUUAUGGAGGAAGUGUCCCGAUGCGUGAGUAGUCCUGGCCCUUCCCUCCCUGGCCAUUGAGGUCCGAUUGCAGUGUGGUCCUUCACCUAAAGGAGCAGAGCAGGAGAGAUGGGAGGUGGCCCCGGUGGCCCCCGUGCACGUGCCUGCCCAGCUCUGGGGGAGCUGUCACCGGCAGCAGGAGGGUUUCUCGGGGCGGGGGCCCGGCGGGGCCUCGAGGAGGGAGGGCUCAGACGGGGGCGGAAGGCGGAAGAGCGGCCUGAGCAGAGGUGUGAGGUGGCUGCGCGUGGGGCUGGGCUGCGGGAAUGGAAUCCGAGGCCACAAGGACUGUCAGAGUGAGGACAGAACAGCACACCCACGGCUGGGCGUGGGUGAUUUUCUGUAGGUGACAGGGGGCUGGAGACGGCAAGCCUCUGCAGGGACAGCCCCGGGGUGGGGGGUGUCGCAAUAAGUGAAUCGGGGGCCUCUCCAGGUGCCACCGCCCAGUGCAGGGGGACAAGGGCCGGAGGAAACCACCCCGGGGGGUUCAGCAUUCUCCCCCCAGCCCCGGGAGGGCUCCCAGCUACGCAGGCCAGGCCGGCCCAGCACAGACCCCUUCUGGGGACCCUCCCGGGAAUGCGCCGUGAAGGGAACGAGGAGAUGCUGGUAAGGCCGUUUAUCACAGAGACUGGGCCUCGGUCUGUAGUGGGCGACCGGAGAGCUUGGAGGACACCCCGACUCCCCUCCGUCCGGGCGACCUGGGCUAAGCUGGGGCGGCCUCCUCAGGCCUGCGUAGCCUGUGGAGAAGAAGAGAGAAUAGUCCCAAUCUGACGGGCACGCAGGCCGUGGCUGGAGAGGGGUCCCCGGUCCCACCGAGGCCUGGAGCAGCUGUCCCUCGAGUCCGCCCGCUGCUCUCUGCUUGGACAGGCUCCCCAAGAACACUGAUGGGGGGCUUGCUCCUGAGCCGCCUUAGCUCCAGUCCCAGCCCAGCACAACUCAGAGGGAAGCCGGGUCUUCAGGCAGUCAGUUGGCAGCAGCUGAGGCAGCCCCGCUGUCUGCCUCCCGUCCUCCAUCCCUUCCCGCCCCUCUCUGCAGGAUGAAAACAGACUUUCUAGAAGGGAAUUUUGCUGGGAAACUAAGCAAAUUAGCUCCUGCUUCCCAAGUGCAGAGAGGUAGUGGGUCCCCAGGGCACCUCCCAGGGGUGCAAGUCAGGAGCUGGGUGGUGAGGGGUAGAUGCUGACUCUUGCCCCCUGGGGAGAAGGGACUACCCGGGAGGCAGACACACCUGGUCCCCAGAGGAGCUCCAGGACUUGGGGCCCAGGCUCUGGCUCCCCACCCCCAGCACACAACCGCCCCUCCCCCCUGCUGCUCGAGGAUGGGCAGGGUCCCCUGCCCAGACCAGCUUCCCAGCGCUCCCAGACCUCGGGGCCUCGGGGCCCGGGGGCAGGGCUGUAACUGGCCUUCCCCGGGCAGGUGCCCUUCCAGCUGUGCUGGGGGUGCGGGUUGACGGGGUGGCUGUGGAGGGAAGCCCGUGGUUCCCUGGGGACCCGACCUCUUCCCUGAGGGAGGUGCCUGCGUAGGAGUGAAAGGCCCCCGUCCUGUGAUGCCAGGAGAAAAACAUGGCAGGCAACCGUGUCAGUGUGUCAAGAGGGCGAGGCUCGAUGAAGCGACUUCAUUCAAAAGAAGACCUUGGAGUUCCCCUCGUGGCUCAGCAGAGACAAAUCCAACUAGCGUCCAUCGAGGACGCAGAUUCGAUCCCUGGCCUCACUCAGUGGGUUAAGGAUCUGGUGUUGGUCACAGACACUGCUUGGGCCCCACGUUGCUGUGGCUGUGGUGUAGGCCGGUGGCUACAGUUCUGAUUCGACCCCUAGCCUGGGAACCUCUGUAUGCCAUGGGUAUGGCCCUAAAAAGACGAACGAAAAAAGGUCUGGCUGGGGAGAAGCCCGUCCUGCCUGGGGCCUGGUCCCCACUCACCGGCCCCUCUGUUCUCUCUGUGCUCCUGGCUGCCCUGAGCCCCAGCCCCGAGGGGCCCAGCCCACCAGUUCUCCUUCGAAGGGCCCUCACGAUUUCAUCUGAUAGCGCAGGGCGAGCCCGUCUCAAACUCAGCAAGCUCCCGCCCCCUUGCCAGCUCCCAUGAGGCGUCCUGGGGUGAGGACAGCGACUUUUCCACCUUCCGAACCCGGAAGCCCAGGCUCCUGCAGCGCAGCGGUGGCCGCCGAGUGUGAGCCCUGGUUCGGCUCCAGCCCCUUCCUCGUUCCCAGGGGUGUGAGAAGCCACUGAUCUGGGCCCAGCCCUGCCUCCAGGUUAUCUCCCCACUGCAGGCACGCACCCCCCCAGGGAGCGAUGGGUGGAGGUGGCCUUGAGCAAGGCAGCCCUGGCUGGCCCGGGCAGAGGGCCCCACACCGCACAGCCAUGAGGCUCCUUCUGCUGCUCUGCUUGGCGGUGCCAGGUGAGCUCACCCAGGCAAGCUGGGAGCGGCCGCUGCCAGGGCCUUGGGGUGGCAGGCUCAGGGUCCCGGGUCUAGGGAGCAUGGCAGUGGUGGGACCUGAAGGCCCAGACAUUUCCAGAAGCACAAGCUGGAGAGGAGAUUUGGGCUUGCGUCUCAGACCAGCCCCUGACUGCACUUGUAGCCCAGUAGUUGCUUCUGGGCCCACUCUGGCUUUGUGUUUUUUUUUUUUUUUUUUUUAGGGCCCCACCUGAGGCUCAUGGAGGUUCCCAGGCGAGGGGUCAAAUUGGAGCUACAGCUGCCGGCCUACACCACAGCCACAGCCACGCAGGAGCCUGAGCUGCAUCUGCGACCUACACCACAGCUCACGGUAGCGCCGGAUCCUUAACGCACUGAGUGAGGCCAGGGGUCGAACGUGCGUCCUCAGGGAUCCUAGACAGGUUCAUUAACCGCUAAGCCACGACGGGAACUCCUGGGCCCUCUCUACUCAUCUGCAAAAUGGGCUCAUGAUAUGAAAUGCUAUGGACUCCAAGGGGCUGCUGUGAGUGGAGGUGCUGGUGGGGUCCUGGGCCCUCCUCCGCCGGGGCGCUCCUCGUCACCCUCUCCUCUCUUCCAGCCACCAGGAGUUCCGUGAAGCAGGAGGAAAGCGUGUCGCCCAGCAUGCUGGCCAGAGAAGUGCCCCCAACCGGGGCGCCUGGAGUCAGAGCCCCCACCCAUGAGCCCGUGUCCCAGCUGCUGGUUAACUUCAUCCUGCUGGACGGAGGCCCGUCGGGCCCUUGGGUGAAGGUGUCGUGCUGGGCAUCCUCGGGCAGCCCACCCAUCACCUACAGUCUUGUCGGGAGGGACAGUGGCACCUACAUGAAGCAGACACAGAACUACAAGGAAGCUGCCAACUUCUCCUUCCCGCUCACCCAGACGUCGUGCUGGCUCAGGUGCCAGGCUGCAAACAACAUCAGCGCCCAGCACAGUGCCCUCACACUGGUGCCCCCAGGAAAGCUGCCCGAGGGACCCACCUUCGUGCUGGCCGUCUCCACAGUAGCUGUCCUCUCCACGGUAGCUGUCAUUUCGGGGAGGCUGAGCAGGGCCAGGCACCUCAGUUUUCCAGAUGCCAGACACCCCCACCAGGUGGAAGAAAUUAAUUUCUUGAUGAUCUUGAGAACGCGGCCCCCAGACCUCCUGGCUCCUCAGGGCUGACCACAUUAACGGCCCUGUCACCUCGCCGGCCACCAGUCGGAGACCUGAGCGGGAGCUGGGCACAGACACCUGCAACCCCCAGCUGGCCUUGAAAAAUGCCUUGCGGAAGCUCCUUGGGGGGUUCAGGCGCUGGGGGGGGAGAGCCUGAGCCCGGCCCUGCAAUAACCCUUCCUCUGUUCCAAA